UCAAUGCUUAUUGUAGAACCUUUGCAUUUCAUGUUAAGUGCAGGCUGCUGGUAUUUAUUGUCAACUUUACAAGCAAGAUUUGUAUUUAAUUAAAAGCAAUACAUAUAGUGUUUUCUGAGAACUAAUUAACAUGACCUGUCGUACAUUGAUUAAAGUUAUUUUUUCAUUCUGUGUAAUUCUGAGCAUGUUUUUUGAAAUCUAUAAGAUCGUUAAGUAAGCGCCUGUUAAGUCGCGUUAAAUAGUGUUAUUUUUCAGUUUUGUUGUUGCAUGUCAAAUUUAGCAGAUAGCUAGAAAAAGUCACAGGUGAGAGGUGGUGAAAAUUAAUAUACAUAUGUAAAUGGAAUAUAUGGAAGUUGUCAGCUUAAAGACAAGUUUGCAUUGAAUGGGGAUUUUCCGAAUUUCCCGAGCCCGAUCAAGCCGAAUGUCGUCGUCUGAGAUCUGGAACUUCGCUUCCGAUUGGCGCCCGCUGAGAUUCUUGGUAUAAAUGUUGAAAGAGCUUUCCGGCCAGAUCAUUCGCGGAAUAGGCAACAUGGAAUCACAAGCAAUACUUGGAUUGAGCUUGCUUUGUAUCGCAGUCGGUGCACAAAGCACUUACGAUGGAAGCAGUGGUCCGCACGUGCUCAGUGCAUCUAGCCAGCCGGUUUUAAUACGCGGUCAAAAUGAAGUUAGCUACCAGGUGCCUAGUGUGGCUGGCACGUUCCAGAACACGCCUGGGAGUGGAUCGCACAGCUACACCGACGAGCGGGGCAACACCUAUGUGCAUAAUAUGAAUGGUGCCGGCAAUUCAGCUACUCAGCACAAUCGUGAUCCCACAGUCCGGGCUUAUCGGGGCACUCGCAGCGUAGUUGUGAGUCGUCCUAAUCGUGAUGUUGCGAAACUCGAGCCUAGUUUCGGCUCUAGCUCCGCUCAUUCCGAACGAGAGUGUUUCGAUGUGGAAAAGCCCAGAACGAAGAAAUCAAGUGAAUCCGUCCAAAUCGCUGAAGAUGGCAAAAUAAUUAAGUCAAGCGAAUAUCUAGUCGAGAUCGAACGAGUGUGUCUUGAACUCUAUUAUACCAACACAGACCUGUACAUAAAUUCUAAGUAAUUUGUAAAGCCACCAAAAAAUUACCCGGCGUUGCAUGUGGCACUAAAAUACAUACGUUUCUUUGUCAACUUUACAAUUCGUAACAUAUUCAAUUCGAUUUUCUUUAUUAACAACGUUUUUUCUCUUUUCAAAUAAAGUGAAAGGUCAAUUAUAAAAAAAUGCAAUGCUUUCAUACAAAAGUUGACCCUCACAUUCCUCAAUUUGAGACACAAAAGAAAGCAUUUCUAAAAAUCCCAGUUUUCUAGCCCUUACCGUUGGGAAAAGCCGGCUAGGAAAAUGUUAUGGCUGAGCUAAUUAGCUUACUGUUAAAUCGAAUAUUGUCAAAUUGAAUGCAUGCUCAGAUAUGUAUGUGGUUAUACUUGAACUAAUUAUUAAUAAAGAAUCCAACCGAUGCACAAUACCUUAUUUGUUUGCCAGCAAAUAAAUUGAGAGAUAACCCGGCACAUUGAAUCAGGUUGCUAAAUGAUCUCUUAAUUGUAGCUGACAUUGAUUUCAACUCUAAGUCAAUGAUGAAAUAUGAGCACAAUAAAAAACCCGCAGAGUCCAAUUAGUCUCUCAAGCCGGACCCUAUAGCUAUGAAUUAUUUGUUCACCUAUAUAGUGAGGGUAUAUUACUUUCGGUGCCAUCAAAUUUGCGCUGUUAUUGCAAUUUUGUUUGGCGAGCAACUCAAUUUUAAAUUUAGAAACCCAGGACUGUGUUGUGUAUGCAAAUGCCAGAGGGUUCUAUACUAUAGA